AUGAGCUACACAUUUGACGACCGAAGCACCGGGGCCGAUAUUACACGUCUCUUCCCAGAACGGGUCCGAGGCAAAACAUUCAUUCUCUCGGGCCUCAAGCGCGGCGAUCUAGUCGCAGCAACCGCAGAUGUCCUCGCAGCCGCCCAGGCCUCGACACUCAUCUUCACAGGCCACUGCCAAAAGGAAUUGCAACCUGUGAUCGACCACAUUAAUCGAAAAUUCAAAAAUGUGAAGAUGAUCUUCGUCACCGCUGACACGGGCAGCCUGGCAUCGUUCCGAGAAGCAGGCCAUGCGAUCAAGAGGAUGAGAAUUCCAAUUGACGGGUUUAUAGGGUUUCCGGAUGUCAUGGCUGUGCCGUGGGAGCAAACGAAUGACGGAUAUGAGUCUCACUUCCAGAAGAACUAUCUCUGUUCAUUCUUGCUUGUGAAUAUCAUCUUGGAUUGGAUGGCGCCGGGGUCUCGGAUCGUGCUUGUCACCUCUAGUAUGCGGACUGAGGCACCGGCGCCGACGUGGGUUGAUGUUGGAUUUUCGAAUGGAGAGGACUAUCACUGUCUUGAUGGAUACGCACAGUCUAUGCUGGCAAUCAUCUUGUUUGUCAAGUCCCUAUCGAGGAUCUGUGAGAAUCGAUCGAUUACCGCGUUCGCAGCGAAUCCGGGAAAUACCAAGACCAACAUCCAGACGUACGUGACGAUGGAACAGAUAGAGACGUGGCUGGAGCGGAAGAAGAUAGCGGGCGAGGAUGUUCCGGUCUUGCUUCAGCAAGCUCCCAAAUCGCUUUCGCAGGGAAGUGCGACUGUCCUGCGGGGAUUGCUUGACCCGGAUCUAGAAGAACACUCUGGGGCAUUCUUGGACCAUUGCCAGGCGCACAAGUUGCCCCAUCUUGACUUUCCAGCGGGCGAAGAAAGCGCUAGGGCGUUGUGGGAGCGCAGCCAAGGAUUCCUCGAAGCCUUUCUUUGA